AUGGAGGCGGACGGGAGGGAGGAGCUGGCCCACCUGCGCUCGCUCUUCGCUGCCUGCCACGCGAACCGCUCGGGGCGCCUGGAGCGCGAGGAGUUCGGCGCGCUGUGCGCGGAGCUGCCUGUGCGGCCGGCCGACGCCGAGGCCGUGUUCCAGCGGCUAGACGCUGACCGCGACGGCGCCAUCACCUUCCAGGAGUUCGCGCGAAGCUUCCCUAAGUUCUGCCGCUGGGGGCGGCACCGAGGCUGGGCUCCCUGGGAGCACGCGUCCGCCUCAGCCCAGGUGGGACCCGACCAGGACAGCCAAGAGGACGAGGGCGACGGGGACGCGCUGGCAGCCCCCUGGGGUCGGGCGAGCGCCGGCCAGGCUUGGCAGGACUUCCAGGCGCGACUUGGAGACGAGGCCGAAUUCACCCCCAGAAAAGAGCAAGUUAGUACCUUGUAUCUAAACAUCAACCUUGUGGAGCCAAGACUAACUCAGUCAUACAAGUAUGCUAUAAGGAACUUUAUCCGUGAGAUCAAACUGCAGAGCACAGAAAUGGAAAACCUGGUCAUUGCAGUGAAGAGAGCCCAGGACAAGGCAGCCGUGCAGCUGAGUGAGUUGGAAGAGGAAAUGGAUCAGAGGAUUCAGGCAGCAGAACACAAGAUGCGUAAUGAUGAAAAACGUAAGGCUGAGGAAGCCCUCAGUGACCUCAGAUGUCAGUAUGAAACAGAAGUAGGGGAUCUACAGGUGACAAUAAAGAAACUUAAAAGGUAGCUAGAAGAACAACCAAAACAACUAAGUCAAAAAGAAGAUGUGGCUGCCUUAAAAAAGCAAAUUUAUGAUUUAUCAAUGGAAAAUCAGAAAGUUAAGAAAGAUCUUUUAGAUCUUUUAGAAGCACAGACAAACAUAGCCUUUCUUCAGAGCGAAUUAGAUGCUUUGAAAAGUGAUUAUGCCGAUCAGACUCUGAAUUCAGAAAGAUAUGAAACUUGACAUUUUAUUCUUUAGGAUCUGGAAAUAAUCCGAGAGUACACAGAAGAUCGAAAUACUCUUGAGAGGCAAAUUGAAAUACUCUAAACAGCUAACCAGAAGUUACAUGACAGUAAUGAUGGCCUUAGGAACGCCCUUGAAAACAGUUACAGCAAGUUCAACAGAUCUUUGCACAUAAGUAAUAUAUCACCAGGAAAUACAAUUUCUAGGAGCAGUCCCGAAUUUAAUGAUCAUUCUCCUCAUCCUCUGAGCUUUGACAGGUCAUCCCGCUCCUCCUACGUGGAUGAGGACUGUGACUCAUUGGCCCUCUGUGACCCUAUGCAGAGGAUGAAUGGUGAGGUGGACAGCCUUCCCGAGAGCUGCUUUGACAGCGGCUUGUCUACCCUGAGAGAUUCCAACGAAUAUGACUCGGAGGUGGAAUAUAGGGAGCAGAGGGCACCUCAGAGGUCACACGACAUGCAGGAGAGCUUUGGGGGGAUGCUUCAGACAUAGACAUAAGCCCCAGAAAUCACUGUCUCCUGGGCCUUCGAUGGAAAUCUAUCAUUUCCAUGUUACCAACAGGUUCCUGAUAUAAGGGAUGAAGAGACGUUUGGUGCCGAAGGUGUGGCUGCCAUCUUAGACUGGAAGCCCCAGGGGUCCACUAGUGAGGGCAGCGUCCUCAGUUCUUCAAGAAAGCCCAUCUCAGCUCUGUCACCACAGACAGACAUGGUGGAUGGCGACCAUAAAUCUUCCAGCUCACAGAAGGCUUACAAGAUUGUGCUUGCUGGGGAUGCUGCAGUGGGGAAGUCUAGUUUCCUCAUGAGGCUCUGCAAGAAUGAAUUUCGAGGAAAUACAAGUGCCACCCUGGGGAAGUGAAAACAAGGAUCGAUGAAGAUGACAGCAAAUCCAUCACCAAACUGACCGGGACCAGUUCCAGAAAGUCAGCGCAGACGAAGAACUGUUGCAGUAGUUAAAUCCCAAACAUCCAUGGCCUGUCAGGUCUUCAGGCCCAGAGUCCUGGGUGUCUGUGACGAGUUUGCUUCUCACAGAGGCGUGCGUCCUCCAGACAUGACCAGGUGGAAGCUGACAGUGUGGGCCUCGGAACUGUGCUCUGAGAUCCUUCUGGAGCCCUGGCUCUUUGCUAGGUUUCAGUGAAUGAUUUGGGCCCCAUGGUUGAAGGUACUUGACUUGUCCUUACAGAGUCUCAAAAGAGGACAUGUAAAAAAAUGGUUAAAAAAAAUCAUAUGCUCAGAUCAAAGCUGUAGAAGAAACUUCCUGAUGUAGACCUACGUGGUAGCUGACUUUGUAGAUAACCUAAAACAACAUUUUUUUUUAAAAUAUCUGUUACUAGAAUACUAGUAAAAGGGGAUUAUCAUCCUAGCUUUGCUGUCUGUGGUCUCAGAUGUGUCAGCAGCCCACGAUAAAUCUGUUUCCUCACCUGCAAAAUAAGCAGCUUGGCUUUGCAGGCCUUGGCCUCUCGGAUUCUGUGCACUGUAAGGAGUGGGAAGGAGACCACGAUGACUCACAGUUAAUAAGGACUCUGGUUAGUCGGACUUUUUAAAUAUUGGGGCAUUGACUUUUCUCAUUUCUGAAACAACAGAAUUUAAUUGAGAAAAAAUAAUGUUGUAGGCUUCAGUGGAGACAGAAAAAUCUAUUUUUAUAUACAGAGGAAAAAACGUUUGUGUGACAAAAAG